AAAAAUGCAACUCUAUGGCUUUAUUUCACCUGUUUGAAAUGCAAUGUCUUGUUAUCUGUCACAUUCUUUUACAAGAUUGUCUCCAAAAAGGCAGGUUAGACCAAUACCGAGGUGAAACCUUGCUGCACUUUUGCCAUUGGUAAUGGGUUCGCCCAAAAUACUCUCAAAGACAAUGCAUUAAUAUGGCCUCUUUAGACUAAAUCUUUAUAAUAUUUCUUAAAUGCAGUCGAUAUUUUACUGUAGUAAUAAUAGUAUUUUGGCGGAUAUUGUGAUUACUAUUGUAGCAAAAAAAAAAAAGAUUUGUGAACUAUUAGCGCUUGUUUGGUUCAGAGUAGGCUAUGCUUUGACCUCUUCCCUUCACAGUCUAUUAAUAGUCAGACUGAUGUGACUGACUCGACACCGAUUGUGUUUCACACACGCUCCUGACCACUGGAAUUCAUAAAGCUUUCUGGAAUUACUUAAACAUACUGAAAGAGUGUUUCUUGCGGAUUAAUCGCUGUAUGUGUGAGAUAUGAGCAGGCCUCGAGCAGUUGUCGGUUUAGCGGAGGAAGAUAACCAGACUUUGUCGGGGCGGGAAGCAGCUGAUAACCUUCUAAAGGCACGCUUUCUAGAAGCGCUCACGCGUAACGACGCAGUUGAAGUUGCAAAAAUCCUUCGCACCACCAGCUUUGACCUAGACACUGUGUUAGACGUGGAGGACCGCGAUAUGAUCCUUGCCUCGUAUAAGCAAGGUUACUGGCUACCAAGUUAUAAGUUGGAGACAUCCUGGGCGAUGGGUCUUCACGUGUGUAUGAUGUACAACGCAUUGGAGAGUGCCAUAGUCCUUCUGCAGAAUGGGGCAGCGGUCAACAGGAAGCCUAAUGGGAAAACCCCUCUACAUGUGGCCUGUACAGUGUCCAAUGCUGACUGUGUGGGACUUCUGCUGGACUGGGGCGCACGGAUCAACAGUAUGUCCCUGAGUGGGCAUACUCCUUUACACUACUGCAUUACACAAGAGUCUUUGGACUGUGCCAAACAUCUUAUUCUCAAAGGAGCAAAUAUCAACAUGCCCAGUGAGGAGAACCAGGACACCCCUCUGCACACUGCGACCCGCUAUGGUAUCCCAGAGCUGGUGGAUUACUACAUUGCCCAUGGAGCUGAUAUCAAUGCAGUCAAUGGCUACAUGGAGACACCUCUGAUCACUGCUGCAUUCUGGACCAUGGACAUUCGCGAGCGGACCUACAGCCCAGACCACCAUCUUGUCUGCAGAAUCCUGUUGGACCACAACGCUAACCUACAUUCAUACGAGGAAGACAAGAAGACGGCACUGCACAAAGCUUGCUGGAACUGUGACCACGUGCUUAUCCAGAUGUUACUGGAGGCCGGUGCCGAGACUAAUGCUAUGGAUAUCAAUGGAUGCGCAGCGAUACAGUACCUGCUGAAGGUGACACAGAUCAGGCCGUGGGCCAUUCCUGAACGCUGCUAUCAGCUGCUUCUGAACUACGGAGCAGCACGAGUCUAUCCACCACAGUUUCAUAAGGUGUUGCAGGUGUGUCAUGAAUACCCCAGGGCAGUGGAGGUUAUGGUCAAUUCUUAUGAACAUAUUAAGUACACUAAAAAAUGGAGGGCUGCUAUUCCUGAAGCUGUACAUGAGAGGUACAGCAAUUUCUAUGAUUCUUUGUUUGCCGUCUGUACCAACAAUCCACGCACUCUACAGCAUCUGGCCAGAUGUGCAAUACGAGCUGCAAUGUCGAAUCGCUGUGAACAGGGUGUCCAGCAUCUCCUUCUUCCUUCAUCAUUAAAGAAAUACUUACUUCUGGAGCCUGUAGGAAUCAUAUAUUGACAUUGUCUCUGCAUUAGGUUAAACGUACCUAUUAAGCUCACCAAAAUCUACACUGAGACAUUUUUAGUGCACAAGAUAUUGGUUUCAGUACAAAAAGUUAUAUUAAAAUGACAAAAGCAUUUCAAAGAUAUACAUCAUUAAAUUCAAAAAGUCUGGCUGUGCUUAAUGGGUACAUUUUUGUACACGUUUUAUUCAAAAUUCUUGUUUAUGUCAAGGAAACUUUUUAAAGACUAAUUGUAAAAAUAUAUUCUUUGAAGGUACAAAGUGUACACUUAUCUAUGAAUGUAAACUCUGAAUGUAAACUUAUCUAUAGUCUCUUAAGGCUGGAAUACUACAUGAUUUUCCACAGAUUUACAGUCUGGAGAAGCUGAUGCUAGUUGCCAAAGAUCAGAGCCAGUCUGCAGAUCUGAGUCGACUGAUUCCAUAGAAAAUCGAAUAACUUAACUUAAAGUGACAACCAUCAGUUAAUAUUUAAAGUCUGUUUAUAAAGUAUUUACAUAGAUGUUCAAUGGGGAAGAGCUUAAAGGGAGCACACUGAGCUUAACUGGAGCAGCAACAAUUUUCAAUAAAUUUAAUGUAAUAUUUAUUAAAAUGACAGGAUUUUUGCUAAAUAAACAGUCUAGGUCAUGUAUUACGUUUACCCUAU